CCGGAAGUUGAGCUGGGCGCGGUUCGGUUGCUACGGGGAGCUUGGAGGGACUUCCGGUGUGAGAGAUGCGCGCCAGGCUUGAAAAGGCUGAGGAGGGCGGGCAUUGCUUUAGGAAGCGGUGGGCGAAGGCAUUUGAAGCAUGUGACGAGGACAAGAAAGGAUAUUUAAGCAGGGAGGACUACAAGGUUGCUGUCGUGAUGCUUUUUGGCUAUAAGCCUUCAAAGGUGGAAGUGGAUUCAGUCAUGGCCUCCAUCAAUCAAAAUCAGCCUGGUGUCUCGCUUGAAGAAUUUCUCAAACUUAUGAGUACAAAGAAGUCUGUCCAUUUUUACCAUAGUGAAAUAAGGCAUCUAUUCACUGUUUUUGACAGACAGUGUAACGGAUUUUUAUCUUUUGAAGACUUGAAAAAAGCCUUUAAUAUUGUUGCACCAAAGUUGCCAGAGAGGAUCAUUGUUGAAGUAUUCAGGGAAGUUGAUCAGGAUUCUGAUGGCCAUAUCAGCUUCAAAGAGUUUGAAUCCGCAAUGAACUAUGGACAGGAAAAUUUCUCAGAAUUGCCUUUCACUUAAGGUAUAUUUCCUCAUGAAAAUGGCCAAAUAUUAUUUCCCUGUUUUCCUAAACAUAUAGAGCAUAUUCCUUCAGAAAUUUUUAAAAAUAAAUUCAAUUACACAUGAUGCUCUACAAAUGCCAUCUAUUGAAAUUUUCCAUGGAAUGUACUGUGUGUUUUAAUGUAGAUUCUGUUUUACCACUCUAUUCUGGUUUUCUAAUUUGUCUUCCUUGUUUUCCUUUUCCUGACAAUGUUGUUCAUGUGAACCAAUUUUAACAAAAUGAUACACCUUGCUCAUCCUGUAUGAAAGUGGAAAAAGGAAAGUUUUUUAAAAGUUCCAGUAAUCAUAUUCUUAAAGAAUUUGAGCACAUGCAACUGGAGAAUGGGGUCUUUUCAAUAUUCUGUUAGCAUUUCAUUCAUUUUAGUUAAUUAUACUAUGCUUUAUAAACAAUUUUCACAGCAUCUUACUGGAAGAAUGAAAUACAGUCAGCUCGCCACAUUCGCUAGCUGUCCCAAACAUGAGAGAAGGGACCAAUGAAGCUUGCGCGCAAGCCCUUCCCACCUCUUCCAAUGUCUGGGACAGCUUGGGAACAGCUUGCACAUGGGCUCCUCUGGCUCCUCCGAUCGCGAAUAACCAAAUUCGUGAAUGUCAUGUCUGUGAAUGUGAAGGGCUGAUUGUAUAAGUCCAUGUUAGUAGCAUUAUUUAGGAAAUAUAUUUGUGUGCCAUCUUUAAUAUCAAGGAGUGUUUUAAGCUGCAUACCUAUGUACACUUACAAGUAGAGUUGCCAUAUUUCUCUACUAUAAAUUGGGACAAAAUGUAGGACAAAAUAUAGGACAAUUGUAGGAUAAAAUUUAGCCCAAAAUGUAGGACAUGUAAGGUCCUCCCUUUUUCUUAAAUGUCCUACUUUUUGGGCUAAAUUUUAUCCUACAAUUUUCCUAUAUUUUGGUCUAAAUUUUGUCUUACAUUUUGACCCGGUUUAUAGGAGAGAAUUAUGGCAACCCUACUUACAAGGGAAUACACUCUACAGAAAUCAGGGAAUCCUAGGCUGUGUUCCCUCCUCAUUGGUGGCUUCAUCGUGAUGGAAUUCCAGCCAAAGGAGGGCAAGGGGGCCUAAGCAAGAGUUUGAAUUUUGGGAUGGCAAGGCAAUGUAAGGAAGAGUUCAGUAUCCAGUAAUACCAGUGUGGAGAAAGAGAAGUCCUCAGCAUACUGUUGGACUGCAACUUCCACCAUUCCUUAUCAAAGCUCAGUGGGAUAGUAAGGCAAAAUAAAGUUCAGCAGGCUCCAGUGGGUUCAAAGUCUGACAGGACUGUGAACAGCUCUGUGUGGAGCUCUGGUUCAGGACUUUUACAAGCAGGCUCAAAUUUUGUUUUAGCAACAAGAAAAUCUCAGUUUGAGAUCUAAAGGAGUCUUCAGCUUGAUCUUGAUUAUUAGCUCUGUCUCUGCUACUUCCUUGCCCAUAACCCUUUGCUGCUCUCUGUAUUGUAUUUGCUGUCUUCUUUCCUUCUUUAUUGGGUUAUGUAUUUUUUUAAUUGUCUCUGUACAAUUUGUAUAUGGUAUUGCAAGGAUGAAGGGUGGCUUAAACAAAUUACUAAAAUAAACUGUU